CUCAAUCUAUUUUCCAAUUUCGAUACCAUUUUCCCAGUUACUUUCCUCACCUAACCCUGCUACUACUUUUCAUACAUAUAAAUAAUCAUAAUUUUGUCCAUUCUUCCAACUCCAGCCACAACCAGUGGCAUAGCCCAGAGUUUUAACGCUCUGUUCCUGCUGCAUUCAAACAUACCCAAUUUCAUUUUUUAUUCUUAAAUCCAAUGUCUGAGGUUUGGAAGUAUUGAGUGGAAGAAUUUGAUGUUGGGGUGAUGGAUCUGGCAAAAAGAAAAGGUCGUGGUGAAGUUUUGGAUCGUGUUGAUGGAAGGGUGGGUGAGGAUUUGAACCAAUUGGUUGAAGGAAAUGCAAUUGAUGCAGGAGGUGGACAUAGCUUGGAUGAAAGAGUUAGUGGAAGUGGGGAAGAUGAGACUACAGAAGAGACGUGUAAUGGUCUUGGUUUGAAUGUGGAGCUAAAGGAGGGGCUGCAAGAAGUUAAUGAUCAGAACCUGGUUGGACCUCGAGAAAUUAAUGAUACAUUACAUGGGGUUGAUCAAGGAACCAGUAAUAGUUCAAGAAAUUUGGUUAGUGGGGAAGUACCUGAGACUUGUGUUGUAAUAGAUCCUUCCGCACAGAUGGAUUGUGUCAGUGGAGAAAAUAGGAAAUUGGAAGCAAAACCUAAUCAUUCAGGUUUGAGCAAGUUGUCCAAGAAAGUGACAAAAGGGGUGUCUGACAUCGAUAAAAAUUCAUGUGUGAUUGAUAUAAACCGUGGCAGCUGCGACGGUUUUAGUGAGAAUCUGGAAGGUGAAUUGAUUUGUAGGAUUUGCCAUCUGGCCUCUGGGCAACCAUUAGAAGCAGAAGCUGUUGGCACUGUAAGUAGUGCUACUACUACGAAUACAGAUUUGAUUCAGCUUGGUUGUGCUUGUAAAGAUGAAUUAGGCAUUGCUCACAGUCAUUGUGCUGAGGCAUGGUUCAAGAUUAAAGGAAACAGGUUGUGUGAAAUAUGUGGUGAGACUGCAAAAAAUGUUUCGGACGUUGCUGAUCAUGGAUUUAUGGAAGAAUGGAAUGAUACUAGAUUCAUGGGCAAUGAUGAUACCUCAUCCAGAAGAUUUGGUGGAUGCUGGCGUGGACAACCAUUUUGUAACUUCUUAAUGGCAUGCCUGGUUAUAGCAUUUGUUCUACCUUGGUUCUUUCGUGUAAAUAUGUUCUAGUGGAGGAAGCCAACACCACUCUUCUUGCCUAUAUGAUGAGUGUAUGUCAUUGAAGUUCAUGGCAUAUUCUUUUUCUCAGAAGGGGUGGCAAUGCAUAACCAUCCAACUUCACAUUUUUCAGGGUAUGUACCUUGAAAUUUGUUGUAAAGAAACUUGCCAACUAGGCAAGUUACGGCCAAAUUGUUUCCUUGUUGCAGCAUUCGUGGCAUAGAUAUUUUGAGGGAGAAAAGCAAAGAAGAUAUUUUACUUGUGGCAUAGAUGUUAUAUGUUAGACACACUAAAUUAUUCGCUGUAAAACAAGCAAACAGAAGAAGCCUCUCCUUGAUUUCUCUUCUCCUUUUUACGUUCUUACACUCUUUUCUUUCUUUACUAUCUGUUGGCUUGUCUGCUAAUAUAAAGUUCAAAGAAUCCAAUGUCAUACGUCAUCAGUGUGUUUAUGUGCCA